CCUCCAGAUUGGACGCACAUCCAUCCCGCGCCCCGUGCGGGUCCUUCAAUGGACGCCUCUUCUUCCUCAGCGCCGGCGUCCAGUGCUGCUGUGAGGCGCCUCCGCCGGGACCUCGAGGUGCUGCGCAAGUCGGGGAAUCCGCAGAUCUUGGUACGACCGGCCGAGGAGAAUCUGCUGGAGUGGCAUUUUCUGCUGCAUUCACUGCCGGACGACACGCCUUACAGCGAGGGCUGCUACCAUGGGAAGGUGAUUUUCCCUUCGGAGUAUCCCCAUGCUCCCCCAGCAAUUUUGAUGAUGACACCCUCUGGGCGCUUGGAGACCCGCAAGAGGCUUUGCCUCAGCAUGACGGACUUUCAUCCAGAGAGCUGGAAUCCUGCUUGGUCUGUCGAGACGAUCCUAGUGGGAUUGCUCUCCUUCUUCAUCUCUGAGGAGCGCGGCUAUGGCUCGAUGAGCGCCUCGCGGGAGGAGCGUGUGCGCCUGGCACGGCAGUCGCGGCGCAGCAACGCCGAGGAUGAGCUCUUCCGGCAGCUGUUUCCGGAGUAUGUGGAGAGAACGGAGGCGGACUCACCGGAGACGUGCGGAGGCUCUGUGACCGCGGACGCAGAGCGGCCCGAGACAGCCGCGGAAAGAGCCGAGGAUGCCGAGGAUCUGGAAGCCGCCAACAGCCGACGACCCUCCGUCUCCGAAGGAUCGGAGGGCGUGGCGGAGUGUUGGAUCUGCCGGGAUGUCACUGGAGAGCCCUUGAUCCAACCCUGCAGGUGCCGCGGCUCCAUGAGUGGCGUCCAUGCCAGCUGCGUGGAGGAGUGGAUCCGCCGGCACCGCCGCAGCGCGCGCGACGACGCGCCGCCGCGGUGCUCGGUGUGUCAUCAGCCGUACCAAGGCUCUGAGCGGGUGCCGGGCGUCCGGGACUUCGUCUCCCACAACUGCAGGGCCGGCGCCGCCCAAUGUGGCCGCGUCUUGGUUCUGUUCGGCCUGUUGAUGCUCUAUCAGGAGUGCGCGAUGGAUGGGAAUUUAUUGACUCCUUUGCGAGCUCUGGGGGUUACCUUCGUGGCUUUGGUGACCAUUUAUCGCCUUUGGGUGCUCUUCGUUUCACUUCCACAACAUCGGGCUCCGCCGCAGCAUUGGCUUCUGCAACGGCUCUUCGUGCCGGGGCAGCAAGAGCUGGCCAAGCACCUCGCGGAGGCGAUGUCCUUUGUCACGGUGCUGACUGUUUGGGUCAUCGCCGGGCUCAUCUCCUGGCCCUUCGCCGUGCCCUACGCCGUGGCCGCCGCCACGCUCGCGGCGAAGCUCGGGCUGGGGAGGCAAGCAGGUUGGAGGUGCUUGCCAACCAGAGACUGCUUAGUUCGCUCUUUGCGCGCAGCGCUUUGCAUCCUUGUGUCCCCGCUGAUCCUGAUCUGGGCGACGGGCGAAUUCCUCUGGAGAUAUCCCAGAGCAUUGCAUCCCUUGGGCCCUGCGCCACACUUGGCUUUCGCCAUCGCAGUGAUUCCAAUGGCCUGGACCCUGCAGAGCAACCUACCCUUGCUGAUCCUUUGGGGGACACACGUGACCUUCAUUGUGGGCGGUUUGGUGGAACUCUUCUGCCUGAAGCGAUGGCAAUGGAAGCGUGGACUGGCCUGGGUCAUCGUCCUUCAGGUGACUUUGAUUGGCUGCUACAUCAGCAACAUCUGUGUCUUUCCGCAAGGUGUGGGAAACAGCACGCAGUCCGCGAUCCUAGUAUUAGGAACUUCCUGCUCUUGGCUUCUUCUCGUUCUGAUGCUUGCGCUAAAGAUCAACUGGGAGCUUUGCCGACAGUACUACCGGACUUGGCAGCGCCGUCAUGGCAGCUUCACCUUAGACGCUGCCACCCCGGAGCCGGCUUAGGAGGCAGCUCUUGCUGCGAAGAGUGAGCCAGCGAACCGCGAGCAUUUGCAAAGUGCAAAGAGCGGAAAGAAUUGGGAGAUAUCGGAGGCUACUCAGGUUAUAUGAACAGAAUAGACUACGAGGGAGGUAAACCUACCGAAUUUGGGGCUCCAGGUGCCUUGACC